CGCGCGCAAAUCGGGCAACACUCCAGCGAUCGUGUGGCUGUCGUACUGGCCGCAAGGGCGCGCGCUUCUCACCUGCCACAGGUGAGUUUCUGAUUCCCAGUCAUCUUGUGCCUUCAGUCUGGCUCACCCUCUCCUCGGACACGUAGCAGAAAACGCCUCAAGUCGAGCGCCCCCACAGCAGUAGCUACCUGUUGAGCUCCUGCGACCCAUUCACCUGUGUCCCAGAGCCACCUGUGCUCCUCCCGGGGCGGCAAGAACGCCCGGAAUUCCCGUGACGAGAGUGUGACUCCGUGUGUGUGUGUGCGGACGACGCAAAGUGCAUUGAAACUUGAGCAAUUCCAUUAAGUAUAAUGACGAUUCCGCUUCGAUGCCUCCAGUGAGAAGUUGGAAGGCUUGUUCGCCAGACAUUUCCACCUGAAAAAGAGGAGAAGAAGAGAGAGAUUGUGCCGUGGCGAAGUGUUCUCGAGACGGAGUCUAACGGUACCUGUUGCGUCCGGACUCUUGUGUUGACACGUGUGUGGCCCUCUUGAGAGGACCUGCAACCGGAUCACCGCAGCGAAGCGCCUCCGUGGCAUCUCGGGAUCCCGGAGACUUGACCGCAGCAGCACCUCUGCCGUGGACAAUUUCUCCGCGGCCUUCUUGGGGAAUUUCUCUCGGAAGAGUGGCCGUUUCCCCAUCGCCAUCGAGAGUGAAGGAGGAGGCGAAGAAGGGCAGAGAGGCGCGCGCGAAGAGCACCUUUACACUCUUGCCCGCGGAGCGUUACGUAACACGCAUCUUGGGGAAGGUGAAAAAAGGCAGUGAAGAGAAUCAACAAAUCAUCAAUGGCAACAGAAUACUCAAUAACCAGUUCUGCUGGAUUCUGACCACAUCUCACACGAAUGGGUGGCUCAGGAGGUGCCGGAUAUCAAGCAAUCACAGCCGGGAAUCCCUGCGCACUUGACUGAGACCGAAGGCACUGGAGAUCGCGCCUAAACGCCAGGAAGAGAGAGAAAUAGAGAGAGAGAGCGAGAGAGUGAAGGAAGAGCAGAAGUGAGACUGUUGGAAGAUGCUGAUGCCGGGACACGUUGUCUCCCUGUAUGUGGCCACGUGCGGACUGGGCGGUCCUGGCCUGGGCUCUGACGAGAAGGAGGUCGUCCUGCUCGUCUACGUGAUCAUCGAUGCCAGCACGACAAAUAUUGUCGGUGUGCAACAGUACCUAGUCCGUCCGGUGGGACACUUCAGCAACAAGGAGAAGGCAACGGAACAGCCAAGCUCACCGGACGCCCUGAUAUCACCUGAACUGUCCAUCACGGAGUCUUUCCUGCAAGUGGCUGGGCGCCCACUCGGUGAAGUUAUCGAUCAGUUUGACGCUUACGCACGCUCUCUGUCCAUCGAUCCGACGAGUCCGAACUUUCGCAUAGUCACAGAUGGGCAACUGGCGCUGCGUCAGUCGCUUCACCCAGAAGCUAGUGCCAAAGAUAUCCAAUUGCCCUCCUACUACUGGCGAUUCAGCGACCUGCGAAAGGAGAUGGUGCGGUGUAAGUCGGGCGACCUGUCCAGGGCGCUCAUUCCUAUCACAGAUGCCAAAAAACUAGUCAAUAUGCCUAGUUUACCACCUCUUCCGGGCAGCAUAGCUGACAUGCUUACAGAACUGGAACUGAAGCCCUAUUCUGAUUCGGAUUUUUAUGUGAAGGAGUCUCGUGAUAUGGUGACGAUAAUUCAGGCUCUCUUGUCAGCAGGUCAUAAAUUUGAAUGUACAGAAACGAUUAACCUCGCUCUUGAACCAGGAAUUUGCUCAAUUGACGAUGAGAUUGAUGGAUCGUGCAUAGUGCGCGCCAGAGGUCUUCCGUGGCAGAGCAGUGAUCAAGAUAUUGCAAAGUUUUUCCGGGGUUUGAAUGUUGCCAAGGGUGGCGUAGCUCUUUGUCUAUCGCCACAGGGAAGACGCAACGGAGAGGCGCUGGUGAGAUUUGUGUCACAGGAACAUCGAGAUAUGGCGCUCAAGAGGCACAAGCAUCACAUUGGCAAUCGGUACAUUGAAGUGUACCGAGCAUCUGGCGAGGACUUCCUGGCUGUGGCCGGCGGGGCAUCCAAUGAGGCGCAGGCGUUCCUCACGAAGGGCGCCCAGGUCAUCAUUCGCAUGCGGGGACUUCCGUAUGAUUGCACGGCGAAGCAAGUGCUGGACUUCUUCUCCACGGGCGACAAUCCUUGCCAAGUGCUCGAUGGGGUGGACGGGGUGUUGUUCGUGAAGAAGCCAGAUGGCAGAGCCACUGGAGAUGCCUUUGUGCUCUUCUCCAACGAGUCGGAUGCCCCGAAUGCCCUCUCGAGACAUCGAGAGUCAAUUGGGCAGCGAUACAUCGAACUCUUUCGCUCAACGACAGCCGAAGUGCAACAGGUACUUAAUCGAUCCAUGGAUCCGAAGACGUAUGAACCACCGGCCCCACCAUUGAUUCCACAACUGCCACAAGUGCAAAUUCCUCUUGUGCCUCAGCACGUCAUCACGAGUGGCACGUCCAAGGAUUGCAUCAGGCUGCGAGGAUUGCCUUAUGAAGCCAAGGUGGAACAUAUUUUGCACUUCUUGGAGGAUUUUGCCAAACAUAUAGUCUUCCAAGGUGUUCACAUGGUAUAUAAUGCUCAAGGACAGCCGAGUGGCGAGGCGUUCAUCCAGAUGGACUCAGAGACAUCGGCGUACGCGUGCGCGCAGCAGAAGCACAACAAGUACAUGGGGAGUUUCGGGAAGAAGCAUCGCUACAUCGAAGUGUUCCAGUGCUCGGGAGAUGACAUGAACCUCGUCCUCACGGGCGGCCUUCACUCACCGGCCAAUCCAUCGAAGCCGCCACUUCUCUCACCCGGUGGGACAAUUGUUGGGCCUCCUUUUGGUGGUUUUCCACCACCAUUUGGGCCCCAUGCGGCCGCCGUGCUGCCGCCGCGAGGACAUCCGGCCUUCUACCCGCCGCCCAUUCUCUACUGGGGCUACCCGAGUCCCCCGGUGUCGCCCACGACCUACUACGGACCUCCGCCGCCUCACGUUCCACCGAACAUCACGCCUCACAAUCAGCCAUCCAUGUUCCCCAUGGAGUACAUGUCGCAGGCGAUUCCCGCCGCCGUGACGGCCAGUCCGACCACCACAAGUCCGGCCAUUUCGCAGCCACCGCAGUUCCAUCCGCAGCAUCAGAGCUUCGCGCCGCAAUCGCCGCCAGCCGGCUUCGUGGCGCCUGUGGCAGCUGCGGAGUCGGGCGCCGCAGCUUCGCAGCAGCAGCAUGACAAGAUCGCCACGCCGCGCGUCCUCACGCCCUCCGUGGCGCCCAGCCAGUACGUCGAGCUCUUCAUCGUGUAGAGACGCCGGCGCGCGCGCGUAGCUUUAGCCUAACAUACUGUUUUUUUUUUCUUUACUUCUCUACACCACAAGAGAGAACAAAUACUUUGUGUCUAAGAUAUUCCGAUCGCGUCGAAUUCUGCAUUGAAUACACAUGCAAAAGCGAUCAAUUGUUGAUUUAUUAAUAUUGUUACAAUUUAUUGUAGAGAAGAAUAAAAACUCGCAAUGAUAUUACAAUGGUAUUUUGUAAGAAAAGUUAAAAAAAAAGAAAGAAAAUGAAGAUGAAAAUGGCAUUGCAAUUCAAUUGCAAUUACAUUGAGCGCUGUUUAUUUGCCAUUAAUAUUGUUUUAUUUAGGAGAAAAAGAAAUGAAGAAAGGAGAAUUGGAAACUCCAUUCGCAACAUUUUUUUUUGAUGUGAAUAUUGUUCUCUCAAAAUAUACAAAAGCUCAUCGAUUAGCAAUAGAAGAAUAUCAUUAUAUAUAUAUAUAUAUAUUUAGAAAUUUAUUUAGUAAACUGUUGAAAUUUGCCAAGAAUGUCCUUUUCCAAGAAUUUGUUGAAUAAGUUUGUUGAGAAAGAGAAUGGCAAGAUUAGUAGAAAGUCAUUGUUCUUGUAAGAAGAUACUUAAUGAAAAGAGAGAAGAUAAGUGUAAAAAUUCACCAUAAAAACAUUUCCGCGCUGCGGAAGGAAAUUCAUAGUUAAUACAUUUAUAUUUUUAAUUGAUUUUGCAAUAAAAACUCUAAAAGUUUACACAAAAUAUACAAGCGAAAGAGAGAGAGAGAGUAAAUGAUAAUGUAGAAGAAUUAUCUUUAAUUUAUUUAGUGAAAUAGUUUAUGUUGAAUUUAUGCUACUAAAUAGCUUGUGUUAAUGAGAAGUGACACACAAUUUUUUUUUUACAAAUAUUCCUUAGGCGAAUUACGUAAUGUAUAAUUUUGCAGCAACUUGUCACAGCGUCUUCCAAUGUUUAUGCAUUAAUUUAUUGAUAUGAUUUUCUCCUCUUCCAAUAAUUGAAUUGCAAUAAUAAGAGGAAAUUGAUGUAUAAACACACAUUUCAUAAGUUACUCUGCAUUAAAUACAAAUAAGAAGAAGAGCAAGAAAACCUAUGAUAUUUUUUUGUAGUAGAAGAGAAUGCAUAUUGUUCUUGAUAUAUUGUUUAGCCUAAAUCUUAGAUAAAGAGAAAAAACGAUAAUUUUUUACACAUGUUAUUCCCAUUUUUUUUUUGUUAAAAGAAAUUGAAACGAGCUGAAGUGAGACAAUCAGAGUUACUCGAAUCGUCGGUGCUUAAUAAUUGUAGAUGAAAAUUAAAUGAUUUCUCACUCGUUUUCUCUCCUCCUGCGGAAAACGAGAGUGAUUCUAGAAAGACAUUUGUCGGAAUUGUAAGAAAACUUGAAAGCUUCUCGAAGUCUUUCAGUUCCAGUUGAAUUGAUUCGCGAAGAGGUGCUAGUCAAUAAAAUGUUGCAAUUGCAUGAGAAUGCGAGCGGCCGUGAGGAGUGAGAAUAGGAUCUUGCGAAGCACAAAAUAUGUUGCAAUACUAUGAUAUGUAUAUUGCUGAUAUUCUACCAACUUUUUUUUUUGUUUAGAGAGAAAAAACCAUAUUUUUCGAUCAUUACAUCAAAAUAAAGAAAAUAUUUUAGAACAUA